AUGACACUCGCAUCGGCACUGCUGGAUCCCAUGUCUGCGAACAUCGAUCCACGACUGACACAAUGCGUCAAUCGCAGCAUCGGCGCCUUCGCACUGGCCAUUUACAAGAAGACGGCUCGUCUCCAAGUCCACUAUUCGGAUGGCUUCAUCGCCGAGACAGUCGGCGUCGUAGCAACAUACAAUCUCGACUCCGAAGCCGACAUGUCCAGCUUGCUGCACCGAGUACAGCACAUUUUCACCUGGGCAGAAGAGGUGCGAUUGAGGGCGAUUACGGACUUGCUCGACAUCCUGGACGCUCGGGUGAACUUCAAAGAGACCGUGCUGACGCAGGAUGCGAGCAACAAAGGCCCAAUGGAUGUUCCGGGCAUAGGCAGGUUAGGAGAUGGGGAUGGCAGUCCAGGCCCUGGAGGGAGAGGGAAAUCGCCUGGAGCUGCGUUGUUCAAGACUGUCGUGGGGAGCAGUAUGCCGAAAUGGAGUCGGGUAGAGAUGUGA